UCUAAAUACGAAGGUUUGAAGGUGCACUCUUCUCUUUGCCUUUGCCUAGACCUUGCCUUGUCUGAAGGGACACGGUAACACUUGUUGUCCCUCGCCGGUAAUACCUUCGGCUUUCGCUUAUUGUUAACGGUUACUUCCUCCGACCCUGUUUCCAUCUAUCCUACUACCAUCAAUGGACGCCGACCUCACCCUCGAUACUGAAAACCUACCAGCCUAUGAUACUGACUUGUCCUUAGCGUCCCCAUCGUACUCGGCUCACCCCGGACUUACUGAAGUUAGUCUCCAUCCCGAGCCGUUUUCCCCAGAGAUAUCUUCCUCUACGCACCAUUGGUCAUGCGAAACGAAACACAUGAAGAUUGAUUUAGGCCCUCACAUAUGGGGGCUUACUUCUCCAAGCUACGGACUUGGCGGAACAGUAGUGGGCAGCGUCAAGUUUUUGGAGCAACGCCAGCAUGUUGAACAAGUCACUGUUUCGUUCGAAGGCCGUCUAACGACUUUCCGCCCUUAUCGGGGCACCAAUAGCGACGCCACUUCAUCUUUAGUUUCGCGUACUUUCCCAUUGUACACCUCCUGUAUGGGAUGCGUAUUCGAUUGGGACGCAGAACAUCAUUUCUCGAUACCUAUUCCCACUGAAAUCAAUACUCCCGGUGGAGGUACCGCGCCUACACCUCCUUCAUUUAACUGUUAUUUCUAUGGCUCCGCACUGGAGGUCACCUAUACCAUAAAGAUUGAUAUGAUCCAUAAAGGAAACCUAAACAAUCUACGUCGACAUGAAACAAAAGCGAUACCCGUUUAUUAUUUACCAAAGACGCACCCAGUGAACCCACCUCUUUCUACUAUUCCCCGACCCUCUCGACUGAGCGACGAAACCGAUAUCUAUCUGCACUGGUUGGAUCGCGUUCACACAGUUGCUGCAACUCCAUCCUGGACAAACACUAAAUGUAAAUCGGACCUAGACCGCUUUAUGAAAGCAGUAUAUGUUUCGAUACCCACCCCUCAGCGAUUCUCCGCUGGCGACGACAUACCCUUUGCCGUCAGCCUUUUAUUUUCCAAAGAGCCUUACUUUGCAAAGUUGCUCACCCGCUCUAUACGGGUUGUGCUACUUAAACGUAUCUCCUUCGGAUCGAAGAAGACCUUCAAUUCGAAACCGGAAGAACACGAUGAUUCAAACCACAGCGAGUGGGUCCUCACCUCUGGCCAGCUGAAAUACCAGAAUGAGUUUGCAGAGGGUGUACGGUUACUGCGAGGAUAUGUUAAAGCCGGUGGAACGGGAAAGGAAAGCUCGUGGAUGGUUGACUGUGUCGGUGUUCAGUACGUUAUACGCGUCACCAUCAUACCCCCAAAGAAUCUGGCGGAGCACUUACCCACCUUUCACCACGAAGAGAUUGUGGAAUUGACCACGGACCAUUGGGGCCCUUCCCCACAACCUGUUAUCAACGGUAUCCCAACUCCGGCUGUUGGGUUAGCGAGUGACCCGCAGUCCAAUUGGAUUGGGAAUACCGUCUACGCUGUUGUAUGAAUGUGAUGACAUUAAUUGAUAAGGAUUUACCGUGCUACUAAAUUUAGCUAUCUCGGUACAAAACUGAUCUUGAAAGUUGGAAACCUUUGUCCACUUGGACCCACUGCAUGACGAUCGUUGCAUGUCUUGAGUUUGGGCAGCGAUUAUCAUCAGGUGUCCGUGGCUAACAGCUGGGUUCAGCGGUAGCCCUUUGACUUUUUUCAAAGCAAAGGC